CUUAUUAUACUGUAAUACCUCCAAAGCUGGAACACAGAAGAAUCAUCCAUUUGUUCCUUUCACACAGUUUGAGAGCAUAAACACAAACGCUGCCAGACAAACAAACCUGUCGCUUUGUGAAUCUUCUUUUUUCUGGCCAUCUGUUGCCAUCUUGAUUUUCUCCACUUCUGUAUGUAAAGUACGGGCGCCCUAUUUCAUAUACAAAGUCAAAAGAUUCUGAGCGUUCUCUCUAAACCAUGUCCUUCUCCCAGGUCAACACUUUCAGGUGUUGCAUGUCUUCCCCAUCAUCAGGAAGAGAUCGCUUGCCACAAUCAGUUUCAACAGUUCCAAGAUCAAAUGGCGCAGCAGAAGGAAAUAUUGCUGUCUUGAGUUUGGAAGGAACUAAACAAAGAAUAAAGAAGAUGUUCAACAAGGUUGAUCUCUCUGUUUCAUCAUAUGACACUGCUUGGGUGGCAAUGGUCCCUUCUCCGAAUUCCAGGAAAGAGCCUUUCUUCCCUGAAUGCGUGAAUUGGUUGUUGAACAAUCAACUUCGUAACGGCUCAUGGGGUCCUCUUAAUUCACAUCAUUUGUUAACAAAAGAUGCCCUUUUAUCCACAUUAGCAUGCAUCCUUGCACUAAAGCGAUGGAAUAUUGGUGAAGAGCAUAUUGACAACGGUAUUUUACUGAUAACUCAUAUUUCUGAGUUUGCUGCAAUAAUGUUCUCUAUAUCACUGCCCUCUCGUUUUAUUUCAGGUCUGCAUUUUAUCAAAUCAAAUUUAGCUUCAGCUACUGAUAAUGAGCAACUAUCUCCUGUUGGCUUUAAUAUAAUAUUUCCUUCCAUGAUCCAAUCUGCAUUGAAUUUGGAUAUGAAUCUACCUGUCGGAGCAUCAACCUUAGAUGCUUUACUUCUCAGGAAAGACGUUGAGCUACAAAGAGGCAAUAGUAGCAACUCAGAGGGGUGGAGAGCCUAUCUAGCAUAUAUUUCGGAAGGAAUUGGAGAUUCAUCAGACUGGGAGAUGGUCAUGAAGUACCAGAAGAAUAAUGGGUCCUUGUUUAAUUCACCAUCAACUACUGCGGCUGCUUUUACACACCUCAACAAUGCUGGUUGUCUUAGUUAUCUACGCUCAAUCAUAGAGAAGUUUGGGAGUGCAGUUCCAACGAUUUAUCCUCUAGAUAGUUCUGCUCGCCUUUCUAUGGUUUCGAGUCUUGAAUGUAUGGGUAUUGAUCGACAUUUCAGGGAUGAAAUUAAGAGUGUACUAGCUGAAACAUACAGAUGCUGGCUGCAGGGGGAUGAAGAUAUAUUUUCAGAUGCUGGCACCUGCGCUAUGGCAUUUCGACUCUUGCGUCUUCAUGGAUAUGAAGUUUCUGCAGAUCCAUUAAGGCAAUUUUCAGAAGACUGUUUCUUCAAUUCCUUUGGAGGAUAUCUGAAGGACACCGGUGCUGCCUUAGAAUUAUUUAGGGCUUCAGAAGUCAUCAUUCAUCCAGAUGAAUCAGUUCUAGAGAAACAACAUUACUGGACAAGUCAUUUCUUGAAACAGGCAUUAUCAGAUAACUUAACUCAGGUGGAAAGAAUCAAUAAGCAUAUUGAUCAGGUGGAUGAUGCUCUUCAGUUUCCUUCCUAUGCAACUUUGGGUCGUUUAUCAUGCAGGAAAGCAAUAAGAAAUUACAACACUGACAGUACAAAGAUUUUAAAAUCUUCUUAUCGUUGUUUAAAUGUUGGGGAUGAAGACUUCCUAAAAAUGGCAGUGGAAGACUUUAACAUGUGUCAAUUGAUACAUCAAGUAGAACUCAAGCGUCUUUCAAGGUGGGUUGUCGAGAGCAGAUUGGACAAGCUAAAAUUUGCUAGGCAGAAGGAGGCAUACUGUUACUUCUCUGCUGCUGCAACGCUUUUCCCUCCUGAACUCUCAGAUGCCCGCAUAUCAUGGGCCAAAAAUGGAGUGCUUACAACUGUGGUUGAUGAUUUCUUUGAUGUUGGAGGUUCUGAAGAGGAACUGGUAAACCUUAUACAAUUGAUAGAGAAGUGGGAUGUGAAUCCAAUAACUGAUUCUUGUUCUGAGCAAGUUGAAAUCAUAUUUUCAGCAAUUAAGAGCACAGUAAAUGAGAUUGAAGCCAAUGCAUUCCCAAGGCAAGAAUGCAGUGUAAUAAAUCACGUCAUAGAGAUCUGGUUGGAUUUGGUUAAGUCUAUGCUGAAGGAAGCUCAGUGGUUGAUGUAUAAUUCGGCGCCAGCACUGGAUGAAUACAUGGAAAAUGCAUAUGUAUCAUUUGCCCUGGGACCGAUUGUUCUUCCAGCUCUCUAUUUGGUAGGGCCUAAGCUCUCAGAGGAGGCUGUGCGGAGUCUCGAGUUCCACCAGCUAUAUAAACUUAUGAGUACCACUGGGCGUCUUCUCAACGACAUGCAAACCUUUAAGCGGGAAUCUGCGGAAGGGAAGCUAAAUGCUGUAACAUUGGCGAUGCUUCAUGGCAAUGGAAGCGCCACUGAAGAAGAGACCUUCAGUGAGAUGAAGAGCAUUAUAACCAUUAAGAGGAGAGAACUCCAAAGACUAGUUUUGCAGAAAGAUAGUGUAGUUCCAAGAGCAUGCAAGGACCUCUUUUGGAACAUGUGCAAAGUUGUUCACCUAUUUUAUGCAAAGCAUGACGGAUUUACUGGUCAUGACUUGAUGAAAACCGUAAAUGGAGUCACCCAAGAACCUAUCAUUCUCGGUGAAUUGCAAGAAGGGAAAUGAAUGGCUGGUCCAUCAAAGCUAAACAUUAGUGUUACUGUGCCAGUUAUUGGACUAGGUUAGAAGUCUGAAGGCAAACAAACAGCAGCAUUCUUUUAUUUCUUGGUUAGUUUUAAAUUUCUGGUAUACACAGUUCAGUGAACCUUAUAUCAAUGAUCAAACACAGGUAGAAGUUUUAUCUUGUGCUUUCUUUUUGGUCA